GAGAGAGAGAGAGAGAGAGAGACUUUAACCAUUUAUCUAACCUACUAAAGCAGAACUCUUAAAGAGACACGAGCCUCGAAAUUUAAACACACACACACACACACACUCCACACACACACGCACGCACGCACGCACGCACGCACACUCGGUACCUACCUGCUAGCUCGGCGGUUUAUAUCCCGGUGUCCGAUCCCGUCUACAGGAGGGUGAAUACGGAAUAGUCCCCUGUUACAGGACACGUGGAGAAACGUAGAAACGUGUCGUUCUCGGAGCUGAACGUGUCGCUGAACGUGUCGCUGAACGGUUAUGCAUGACCACAAAGUCUAAUUCCAUCUCACUGGACUGAAUAUCUGACCUUUCAGGACGAAGGAUUUCAGAGAUAAAAAGCAGGAGUUAUCUGUGUUAUUUUGCUUAACAGGUUUCCCACUUCUGGGAUUUAUCUUCAAUGCCAUGGGUGUGAUUUUAGAUCUACUGCAUUUAUGUAGGCAUCAUUAGACAUCCUUAACCUUCCUCUCACAGCCAGCCAUCCAUCCACAGAAAGGAAUAUGGCAAAAAAUGUGACUGACGUCCCAAGGGAGGAUUUAAGCAAAAUCUCAGACGAGGAACUCCUCCGACUCAGCAAAGAUGAGCUGGUUCGAAAGCUCCGCAAAGUGGACAGCGAAAAGAUCGGCCUAAUGGUGGAGCAUGGCAACAUGAUGCGAGACGUGAACCGGAGACUACAGGUUCACCUUCAUGAGAUCCGGAAUUUGAAGGAAGUCAACCAGAAGCUGCAGGACGACAACCAGGAGCUCAGGGAGCUGUGCUGCUUUCUGGACGACGACCGGCAAAAGGGCAAAAAACUGUCGCGGGAGUGGCAGCGCUUCGGCAGGUACACGGCCGGCGUCGUCUGGAAGGAGGUCGGAUUCUAUCAGCAGAAACUGAAGGAGCUAGAGCUCAAUCAGGAGACCAUCAUGCGUGAGAACGUGGAGUUAAAGGAGAUCAUCAUCAUGCUGGAGGAGGAGAGGAACGGCGCCGGGUCGAGGAGCUCUAUAGACAGCCAAUCCAGCUUGACCAACCUGAACGGAGGAACAAAUAACGUGAGGGACGUAGGGGACGGAAGCAGUACGUCCAGUACGGGAAGCGCAGGAAGCCCGGACCAUCAUCACGGUCACGGGCACAAACCUGUAGACGGAAAGAUGGCAGCCAUAAGAAGAUCUAUGGAUGAUCUAUCAUCCAACCACCUCCACCGGAGCAUACCCAACGGACUGAACGAGUCCUCGAAUUACGUCCGUCAGCUGGAGACCAAAGUCCGGAUAUUAGAGGACGACAACAAGCAGAUUUUUUCCCAGGGGAACGUCGGCGAUCUGAAGACGCUGAAGAAAGGCUUGUCGCUGUAUCACUCCGAGUCCCAGCUCUCUGCGCUUUCCAAGCAGCAAGACGCCUUACAGAACGGCACCGCUCGACUUCCCGGUGGAGAUCUGCCCUCACCCGUCACCCCCUACAUAACAUCCGCUCAGAAACCAGAGGCUCUGGUUCAUGCCAUGAAGGUAUUGGAGGUCCACGAGAACCUGGACAGAAAGAUUCCCGAGGACUACGAGGAGGAUCUCAGCGAGAAAGAGAAAGCUAUCGUGAGAGAAAUGUGUAACGUGGUGUGGCGUAAACUCGGCGACGCGGCAGGCUCCAAGCCGUCCAUCCGGCAGCAUCUCUCCGGAAACCAGUUUAAAGCCCCCAUGUAAAGCCCCUGACCUCGAUCAGCACGUGCCGUCGAGCCGGUCCGUCCACAUCCGGGGUUAAUACAGAGCACUUCACCAAGCAAUCAGCGUUCGAACAAACCUGUGUUCCUAACACCACAGCACCAUCGCCGGCAGCCAUGUUUUAGCAUAAAUUAGGGUCACGCAUUCAGCACAAACUGAUUUUUCUUUUUCUACUCACCCAACAAGGAUCUACGGCAGCUAGUGGCAUCCGUUCCCAUCCUACUGAACACUGAGACUAUAAAUUUCAGUCAUUUUAUCCUGACCCAACACUCCACCGGCAACGGAGCUGCUUCACUCCGUCAUUAGUGUCACGAGCUACUUCAGGAGAAUAAACCGUCACCUCGGACGAAAGCAAACGAGAUGCAGCAAUCUACCUCUGUUUCUCUUUACUCUAAAGAGGGUUACACGAGCACACACCACGAUUGCUUCACUCCUUUUCCUCUACUUCCGUUUCCCAUGAUAUAAUCUCACUGUUUUAGAAACAAAGGACUGAUUAGGACUCGACUCUCACUGUAUACAGCCCCCAUUUUUGUCCUUUAACUUAGACCAACUUGACAAUCGUUUGUAAAUGAUAAGCUAUUAUAAUCCUGAAGCUAUAAAACUUGGGGGCACGGUGGUUUAGUGGUUCGCCUCACACCUCCAUGGUCAGGGGUUCGAUUCCCGCCUCCACCUUGUGUGUGUGGAGUUUGCAUGUUCUCCUCGUGCCUCGGGGGUUCCCUCCGGGUACUCCGGUUUCCUCCCCCGGUCCAAAGACAUGCAUGGUAGGUUGAUUGGCAUCUCUGGAAAAUUGUCCGUAGUGUGUGAGUGCUUGAGUGAAUGAGAGUGUGUGUGUGCCUUGUGAUGGGUUGGCACUCCGUCCAGGGUGUAUCCUGCCUUGAUGCCCGAUGACGCCUAAGAUAGGCACAGGCUCCCCGUGACCCGAGGUAGUUCGGAUAAGCGGUAGAAGAUGAAUGAAUGAAAGCUAUAAGAACUUAUGCAGUUAGUCCCUUUAACACCGAGGUAAUUCCGCGGAAUUGAGUAAAAGCGCUUCUUUGCUAACGAACGCUUCAGAUCCAGCGCAGACGUCUGAUCCGGGGGUUCGUUUGAAAACAGGACGAGGUCUUAAUGUUGUCUGAAAACACGUAGCCGAGCCGUUUACGCUGUGACACCAGCCGUAUGUUCGCACUAGCGAACGACAAAGAACCUGUUUUCUAUCGAGCGACACUUGAAUCGGGAUUUAUUUUUUUAAAUCCUAUGCAAAUUAGAUGCGACGCGAUACGAUCGGCUCGAAGGAUUCCUCAGACCGAGAGACAUCACGAAGAAAAGUAAAGCUGGGAAGGAAGCUAGCUUUAGAAGCUAAAUAUAGCGCGUAUUGUUUCUCAUCGGAAAUAAAGCAAACAAACAAAAAAAAAACAGAAAAAACAGCCGAAGAAUAUAAAAGCACUACAUUUCUCUCGUGUGAACGUAAGGUUAGCGCUGGUUCUUCAGAUCUCCAGGCGAACGUUAUGUUGUUCACGUACAUGAGAUUCGGCAGUCACGUAUGAAGAAUUGCGUAGACGAGGAAAUGUCAGCCGUUUAAAGGUGCCGUCUGUAACUUUUACGGUUUGUCUUAUAUUUCAAAGAUUGCUUUGUUUAGGUUUCAAUGUACACUUUUCUGACCCUGAAAUAGGCUCCGCCCCCAAGCCGAAAGGAGCCACUCAGGCCAGAUGAUGCCGGCGUUCUGUAGAAAGGAAGCUAUCGAGGUUUAAAUGUAACUGCACCUCUAACGUCUUUCUGCUGCGCAUGAAAGACUCUUUACUGCCACAAAAGGUAUUUGCUGCAUUCGCUGUAUCACGGCGCUUAAAAGUGUAAAGUCUCAGUGGUGUUUAUCCGUGUUCCGAUGUUUUUAUUUUUCUUCUAGAUUUUUCUCUCGAACGAUAACGAUCAUCCUGUGAGGAUUUUAUUUCCGGCAGCUCAGGAAGUUUCUCCAGCAAGGAGAGCGUCUCUCAGUCACGUGGCGAACGUUAACGAGGGCAGAACGUCAGAGCUUCCUAAAGAUCUGUGUCUUUCUUUACACAGAUUCUAGCGCUGUGGUAAAAAUAUGAACACGCUGACAUACAUCAUACGUCACGUUGGAUCAAAUUCAACCUAAAGUUAGAGACACAGAGUCAGGAAAGUCAGGAAUAUAUUAAAGUAAUCAACUUCUGGGUGACGCGACGUGAUGCGACGUGACGUGACACCGACGUGACGUGGCGAACAAACUGAAGCUGAUUAUUUUCCUCUAACAGCACAUCAUGAAGUUUUUUGUUCCUCUUAUACUGCAGAAACGACCACAUUUUAUUUAUUAAAGAACGACAAGUUGUACUUUUUAUCCGUUUAUUAGUACCUUUUAUGGUUUGGGAACAAGUUGGUUACAGUUCUCAUUUACGUCAAAGCAGUUAUCAGCGGUCUUCCCUUCAGCGGCCUUUCUUACUGACACUAGAGACUCCUUCCUUCUUUCUUCUCUUAGUCUCCUUCCAAAAAAACGUAUCACAUUUAUUUUUGGUUUAGUUGUUGCACAGCGACCAUGAUAUCGGUCUCUUUGUAAGCUCUUACUAUAGCAACCGAUCGAUAACGCAUCGAUACCUUCUAACCAAUCAGAACCCAGGAUUUAUCAGCGCCGCAGGGGUAGACCACGAAAAUGAAUUAACACAACUUUUGGUUGUGCAAAAUAUCCCAGAAUUCUGUGUUUGCGUCCUGGAGGAAAGAGUUUGAUGUGAACGAGUCGGACAUUUCCGGAACAUCUGCAGCUUUCUGGUUCUCUCUCACAGACACACACACACACAAAUACACACACAGUAAGAACUUAUGAGUAAGGAGGCAAGCAUGAGCAAAGCUCUUAAUCGUAAUACAAUAGUUCAAGAAGCCAUAACUGUUUUUGUAACUGAAUUCCAUCAAAUGUUUUCCACAGUCUAACUUUCAGAUCCUUCUAGUUGUCAGAGCAGGUGAUCUGUGUUUGUGCUAUAAACUCAGAUGAAUUUUAUUGGUUUGUUCUCGAGCCAAGAUGCAGCAGGUGACUUUUGGCAGUCAUGUGUUUUGGUUUUAUUGAUGAUUAUUUAAUUUUUCUGAAAUGUGACUGAACGUAAACGAGCAGCAACCAUUUGAAAGGUGAAAAUAAAAUCAUUUCUAUUUUGUUUAGAAGUUUCUACGAACAAUGACAGGAAGCUCUAAAAGAUGAGAUAUUAUUUGGGGGGAGGGAGGAAAAAAGAGUAUUUCCAAUUUUUAUAAAAUAGUUUUUUUUGUCCAUUUGGAAGCACAAAAUAAGUUUAUGAAUCCCAGAUUUUCUUAUUUCCUUUCAAAUGCACCGCUGCGUUUGUGAGCAAGGACGUGACGUGAUGACGUGAGGAUCUCUAACCCGAGUAAACUGUUCGUAGGGGAACUCGCUGUGUAAAUAAAAUACCUCUUUCCUGUAGAAUACCUGUAACUAGCAUGCCUUUAUAAUUAUUAUCGUUAUUUUCAUAAGAACUGUACUGUAGGAAAUGAAACGCUGUCUAGAUGAAACUCAGUGCACUUCCUGUAGAUGAUUGGAAAUAAAAUGUACACUCUUUUUAA